AUGUUUUUAUCCGGCCUUACUCGAGCCCGUCCAGGUCGCAUGACCCCGUCUAUCUUACGGACACCGACUAAACGAUUUUACUCAAAACCCAGCUCAUCUUUCACUCUGGACUCUGCUUCCAACAUGAAGAAAAUAUUUGUGACCGCUGGUGUUGCCAGUACAGCUGGCCUAUUGUGGCUGACCACCACUCAGGAGGAGAUACCGCGUAUCAACUGUCCCCCAGCUGAGCAGAUAGUGACCGAGCCGGGUCCUUCGAAAGAGCAGGUUACACACAUUCUAUAUAAGGGUGCCUGCUCAUAUCAAUCCAAAAAUGUCCCCGGUGUCAACAGAUACGACGUCAAUCAAUUGGCGUCUAACAGCCCUUGCGAGGACCGAUAUAUCCACGGCAAGCUGUCUUCCCCGUGGGACGAUGGAAAAGAAUGGAUGGCCUGGGCUGUGUUUGAUGGCCACGCAGGAUGGCAAACUGCAGAUCUUCUAACAAGGAAACUUUUACCUUUCGUGCGUCGAUCUCUGCAUGAAGUCAAGUCACAAUCAAACGAGAAAUCAGUGCCAGACGAGCUGGUUCAACAAGCCAUAAUGAAAGCAUUCGUGGACCUCGACGACUUGAUUGUGAAAGAAGCUUUGACAACAUCCCAAAGCGGCGAAUCCCUGCAAGACAAGAUCAAGAAAUUAGCCCCCGCUUAUGCUGGCUCCUGUGCCUUGCUAUCUAUGUAUGAACCAGCUACUAGCACCCUGCACGUGGCAUGCACCGGCGACUCAAGAGCAGUGUUGGGACAACAAAGGCCAGAUGGCAGCUGGGAGGCAAUUCCCCUAUCGAUAGACCAAUCCGGCCGCAACGACGAAGAGAUCGCCCGGCUCUACAAAGAACACCCGGGUGAAGAAGACAUUGUGAAGGAUGGCCGGGUGCUGGGAAUCAUGGUCUCACGAGCUUUCGGCGACAGUCGGUGGAAGUGGUCUUUAGAUUUCCAACAAGAGAUGAAACGCAGGUUCAAUGCUCCCUCGCCCUUGACGCCUAGGUACGACGUUCGCACGCCACCCUACCUGACAGCCGAGCCGGUCGUGACCAGCACUCGUAUCGACCCUACCAAACCUUCGUUUUUGAUUAUGGCGACAGAUGGGUUGUGGGAUACACUUUCUAGUCAGCAGGGUGUGGACUUGGUCGGCAAAUGGCUAUCGGGCGACGACGGGAAGAGAGUCAAAUCGCCAACAUACGAGCCGUUUGACUUUGGUCGGUUCCGGGAAGGGGUGGAUUGGAGGUUUGUAGAGGAACGAACGACCGUCCAGGAUGACAAUGCCGCUGUGCAUCUGACGCGUAACUCCCUUGGUGGAAAUCAUCAUGAGUUGAUCGCUGGCCGGCUUGCCUUUGACUCUCCGUUUUCUCGCCAUUUGCGAGAUGAUAUUACUGUACAGGUGGUUUUCUUUAACAAGGACUGA